CUACUAGAAGUGGACAACAGUUGGUCCGGAAUUGUGCUCGCAGCUAGUCGUAUUUUAAAGAUUGUCUCCGGCUUUCCGCGGGAAGAAAGCUCACUAGCGAUCCCAGUUCCAGUCUGUGAUAAAACCGCUAAAGCCAUAGAGGGUGUUACAGCGUGAAACCAAGAGACGUGGUUCAGUCUUAUCGAAACUCUUCAGAAUGGGACAAGUGAAUGGAAAGAUGUGAUAAAAUUAAGUUGAGUGGAAUGAAGCAACGGAAUCUUUUGACCUGAUUGAAGAGAAAAGGCCAACAAAUACUGAAGAUGUUGUAAUGAAUAAAAACAAGUGGUACUUUGCAGCGAAUAAUUUGUACUGAUAUUUGAAAAGAAAAGUAAUGACGGUUUAAAACAAAAGAAUUGCAUUAAAUCUCUAGUGAAAAGUGAAAAACUGGAGAAAAGAUAUCAAGGUAAAGCUACACAAAUUCCCACAUCGCCACGGAGUUCACAUCGAAAGUGAAAAGAAGCACAAUUAUGAAGUUAUUGUUCUUCAACCGCAUGGCGAAAGCAUAUUAGUGCAAAUUAUCUAUGUAUUCAACGUUUCGCUUAGACGACGACGACGUGUUCGCUGAGACGAGAAGAUUUCCACUUGGCUGAGAUAUAGCUCUGUGGAACAUAUCAUAGUGCGACCGAAACAAAAAGCCAACGACGAAAGGAUUACGUGAGAGCUGAUUCUUGUGGUCUGGGAGGCAAAAUUCUUCCGUCGUCGUUGUUAGAUGGAAGAUUGUAAUAGGGACUUCUAAUUCCAACUGACGUCCUCCAUGCCAACGGAUGUUGCUACUGUUUGCUUCCUGAUAGCGGUUGGUAUACCCAGUGAGAAUUAAUGCCGUAUUCCGGUACGGAUGUUCCGCUGAACCAUACUGACACAAAAGCACCGGAACCUUGUGUAUGUGUGUAGCCUUGAUGUUCAACUUGUUGCUUGAAAGAAUGUCGACUUCUGGAAUGUAGGUGAAAAGACACCAAGGAUGUGAAACCAUGCUCGAAAAGGAAAACGGUGUGAUAGUACAUAUUGUGGGGGGAAUGGAAAGUUAACGGUUUAGGACGGAACGGGGCAACGAAUGGUACCUCAAGGUUUUUUACAAUCAGCGGCUGGAUUAUAAAACAUAGAGAAAAACAGCAAGGACCAGAAAAAUGUACCAGUGAUAAAUGAUUAGAAGUAAGCUAGCAGAAGCUGUAACCAUAAGUAAAAACUAGAAUUGCUAUAUUGGAAAAUUUAUUAUAGCAGCAUGUCCCACGACUGAAAUAAUCAAUAUGUCAAUUGAUGCUGCGGUAGUUGCUGGUGCUGGCGAUAUCUCUAAUGUCCUCGGUCGAUUAUCGUCUUCCGUUACUGGUGCCGGAGGAUCUGGUUCAACAUUUGCUGCAAACAGCGGAGACGCCUCAAGUGGUGGCGAACGAAUGCUGUAUUACUUCGAUGGUAGCGACGAUGAUAGCACUGCGUCUAAGCAACAGUUUCACAGCCUCCAACACCAGCAGAAAGCGGCACUUUUGCUGGGCGAGAACAUCACAACCUCCACAAUGUAUUCCUCACUGGAUCCUGGCAUCUACAAUCCGAUAGAGGCAGAAAACGAGACUGACUUCCUCUAUAUCAACGGACCAAGCAGUAGUUAUGGUUAUACGGAAGGUCACAACGGCACACUCCCGUACGGCGAUGACUACUAUCAGAGCUGUAUGGGAAUGUACGGUAACGUUACGUAUCUGAACGUGUCCUGUGAAACAAUUCUAAACUAUAGUAUACCACUCUACGGAUACUGUACUCCCAUCUUCAUCCUAAUUACACUGACUGCCAACUCGCUGAUCGUGAUUGUCCUCAGCAAACGCAGCAUGGCAUCGCCGACCAACUUCGUGCUGAUGGCUAUGGCUCUUUGCGAUAUGUUUACCCUGAUAUUCCCGGCGCCAGGCCUGCUGUACAUGUACACGUUUGGCAAUCACUACAAGCCAUUAUCGCCGAUUACCGCCUGCUACGUGUGGAACGCGCUGAACGAGCACUUACCGGCAAUGUUCCACACAGCAUCAGUCUGGCUUACGUUAGCGUUGGCUGUACAGAGGUACGUCUAUGUUUGCCAUGCUCCCAUAGCUCGAACGUGGUGCACGAUUCCUCGGGUGAAAAAAUGUAUCGCCUACAUCUGCAUAGCAGCACUAAUUCAUCAGAGCACCAGGUUUUUCGAUAAAUCAUACAGCCUGGUGACAAUCGAAUGGAACGGCCAUUCGACGGAGGUUUGCCACACCGAGACCUCAAGCUGGGUGCACGACUACGUAGGCGAAGAUGUGUACUAUACCUUCUACUUUUCGUUCCGGAUAUUGUUCGUGCAUCUGAUACCGUGCGGGAGUUUGGUUGCGUUGAACGUGCUGCUUUUCAAGGCAAUGCGCCAAGCGCAACAGAAGCGCGAACGUCUCUUCAAAGAUACCGCCAAAAAGCGAGAAUGCAAGCGAGUCCGGGACUCCAACUGCACCACACUUAUGUUGAUAGUCGUGGUGACAGUUUUCCUCAUCGUGGAAAUACCACUCGCUGUGAUUACGGCCUUACACAUCAUCUCCUCGCUCAUUUAUGAGUUCCUCGACUACUACAUUGCGAACCUGUUCAUCCUGUUUGCGAACUUUUUCCUCAUCGUUAGCUAUCCAAUCAAUUUUGCAAUCUACUGCGGGAUGUCACGUCAGUUCCGGGAGACGUUCAAGGAAAUUUUCGUCAAAUCGAGCAAACAAAUCCCGAGCGGAAAAAAGGAUUGUGGCUCCUCGCGGUAUUCCCUGGUCAACGGGCCAAGAACUUUCACCAAUGAAACGGUGCUGUAAUAGAACUACAUGUGCGUUUUGUCACACAGAACCAACGAAUAUUUGCAUCUUUUAAGCGAUUUCCAAGACUUAUGCAACAGUUGCGUUUAUGUAGAAAAGGCGCAUUUGACUUCCUCGAAACGAAUUCGUCUAGAUGUCACAGUCCUUGGAAUCGAGUAAAUAGAAAAGCCAUUAUUAUCAAUUACGUCUCAGAUGCCUGCAGAUGGCGACCGUUGUCUAACUCAUGGAUGAGCAAAUCGAGAUGAAAAACAAAUUUUACAAGGAAAAAGCUGACACUAAGUACAACUGUUACCCACCAAUCAUCAUUGAGAGUAAAAAAACGUCCCCCGCAGAUCUGUAUUGAUUGUCAACAAGUAAGGAUGGCAAACGAACCACGUCGCGUCUUUCUUCGAUGUCCUCCUUUGCAAUGAACUUACCUUACAGAUGAUGAUGAAGCUGAAAGAAGUAAAACACAAAAUUAACAGUCGUUAGUGAAAAGGAAGAAAAAAACUCAUUUGAAUAAGAAAUUCCGAGCCCAAUUUUCUAAUUCAAAUGACAACCUAAUGAUGCGUAAUAGCACCAUAAUGAAAGAGCCAAGGGAGCAAUUCAUAACGACGCGAUUUUUUCUGAAAAUUGCGUAAACAAAAGCAAAGCGAAGAAAAUGAUCUUAGAAAUAUCGCCAUAUAGUGGAGCAUUUUAUCGAUUAGGCUGUUUGCCAGAGAAAUGAAAUCUGUGCUACAUAUGCAGAUCAUGAAUGGAAGGCAAGCAUUCAAACAGACAAACAAUGCCUACACUAGACCCACUAAACUAUAGAACACCUAAACAAAUUUAUUUGAAUGGCGCAUUUACUCAACUCUCAAGUUGAGAAUGGCGCACUACCAGAAAGGAAAGGAAAAAAAUAAACCGAAAUUUAAAAGCAUUGAGGAAUCCCUGGUAGAAACGAGGAUACAUAACAUUCUUCUCUUUGCUUUUCCGACCACGCUUUUUGAAUUGCUAACACACAAAAAAAACAACCGACACGUGAAACGGACGGUGCACUAGUCAGUUAUCAUAAUAUAUUGUAGUUAUGUAGAUGAGAUAAUUGAGUUUUAUUUUAACCACCGACUACGGAACAGAAUAUUUUUAGCUAUCGCAUAAAACUAACAAAUUGACAUAUGUAUGGAAAUAAAAGAAAAUUGAAAAUUAUCAAAGAGAUAAAACUAAUUCGGAUACCAUUAUAAAGUUUCGUAAAUCUAUCGGAAGAAUGUGGGAUGAAACUUUUUGAAAGUAGUAAAUGUUACAAUUCAAAAGAGAGAAACAAAUUAAAAAUUUCUAUCGUUUUUGUAUUUGA